AUGUUUAAUGAUAUCUAUGACUCGUUUACAGAAACAUUAAUAGAAGCAGAAGAAAAAGUUCUUACAGCUCAGUACACAUCAGACAUAUCUGAUUAUGGUUCUUCAAAAAAACGCAAAAGCAACGAUGGUACAGUUGAGACAAUAAGUUUAACUCCUGAAACUCUUCCUUCUUUUAUAAGUAUUAAAAAGUCCAAAAUUAGUCCUGGUUAUAAUGCAAACACAAAAUUCAAGACAAAAAUCAAUAAUAAGAAAGCGAUGUCAAAGGUACAACCCUGCAGGAUUCAACCAUCAUUGCCAGAUUCGGAUGACAAUAUGUCCUUAAGUAAUUCAGUUGACUACGACUCUGACAAGGAUAAUGAAUACAUUCCAGAGAUUAAAAAUAAAACAAAAUUAUCUUAUGUUGACAUUGAUGAAGAAAUAGUAACAAUUGACAGUUUGAAUACACCAGAGGUUAAUAAUAAGUCAAUUAAAAAUAAUGAAUCACAUAUGGUUGAAAAUGGUAUUGGAAAAGUUGUACAAAAAACUAUUCUCAACUACUUGGCAUACUUGAAAGUUGAAAUCACUAAAAUAUCCGACACUCAACAGGAAAUUAUUCAAUUGAUCAACAAUUCAAACUCUAUAACUACUACUUAUAAUUCAUGGGCAGGGGAAAUAGACUAUUUUAUGACUGCUUGGCCAGUAUCAAACCACAAAGAACUGAAUGAUUUUGAAAUACAACUACAAGCUAAUGAACAAGAUUUUAAAAACAAAGUUAAACUUGAGUUGCUCAGAACCGGAGGAAAAUCUGCUAAACAUAUGAUCCAAAAAAUAAUGAAAAAAGUGUUUUCUGACUUUGUAUUAAAAGAUUUCACAUAUUUUGGAUUGAGAAAUAAAUAUAAUUUUUCUACAUUAUUGAUCAAAAAAGUUAUUUUUGAUGCUAUAGAGCAAUCAAAAUUCAAAAUCAUAAAAGAUGAUGAAAUAAUAUCAAUCAUUGGAAAAUGGUUAACAACAGCUAAAGCCAGAAUUGAAAAUAAAAAACAAGCAAAAGAUGCCAGUAACUCCUUACAAACAGAAGAAAUACUAUUAUUAUGUUCAUGA